UCAGAGACUGUGAUAUCAUCAUCUUUACAAACUCACAUUUCUUUGUGAGGCUAAAAAGACACAUUUAAAAUAAGACAAAUCCAACUGUUUUUAACCAGAGCUUUGCCAUGGCAACCACAGGCAUGCAGCUGCUGGGCCUGGUCCUGUCCAUUGUGGGCUGGGUGGGAGGGUUAAUCGUGUGUGUCAUCCCUCUUUGGAGAGUCACUGCCUUCAUCGGGAACAACAUAGUGACGGCUCAGAUUAUCUGGGAAGGUCUUUGGAUGAAUUGUAUAGUGCAGAGCACAGGGCAGAUCCAGUGUAAAGUGUAUGAUAGUAUGUUAGCACUGCCCAGUGACAUGCAGGCGGCCCGGGGACUCACCGUCCUCUCCCUCCUGAUGUGUGGUCUGGCUCUGGCUAUGGGAGUCCUGGGGGUUAAGUGCACUAAGUGCAUUGGUAUUAACAGUGUGAAAGCACGUAUUGCUCGUAUUUCUGGUGCUCUCUUUGCUAUUGCAGGGUUUCUGUACCUUGUACCUGUGUGCUGGACUGCUCACUCCAUCAUCAGGGAUUUCUAUGACCCACAUGUGGCAGCUCCACACAAGCGUGAGCUUGGUCCUGGUCUGUACAUCGGCUGGGGAGCAUCGGCUCUGCUCCUCAUUGGGGGCUCUCUGCUUUAUGCUGGAUCCAGCCCCCCGGGCAUCCCUGGCUCCCCCACCUUUAGCAGUGGAGAUAGCAGUCCCCGCAGAACACCUGCCACACAGGUGAAAGGUUAUGUCUGAGCUCUGCAAAUAAAUGCACUAAUAUCUGUCACAUCUAUGUUUCCAUUUCUCAGUUGUGCUCUUUGUUAUUUUAUAUUUAAUGUUUUUUUGUUUUUGUAAUUUUCUUUGAAAAGCUGCACUGUGCAUCAGAAAAUAGAUCUUUUUCCAUUUUGCAUACCUAUGUCUGUCAUGUAACACUGUACUUGUCAUUGGAAAAUAAAAAUGA